AUGUUCCACUACUUCCUCUGCGUUCUUCCACUGCUCAACGCCUUAAUAAGUGACGUACUUGUCACUCAGGACUGCUCGGACAAGGCGCUUGUGACUCCAGCAGGUUGGAGAUUUUGCGUAUACAUGGCAACAUCUAAGGAUCAAAAAGGGCGGACAUACUGCAAAGCCGUGGAAUAUGAGAAGAUUGCUCGAGAGUACUGUGCAAAAUCAUGUGGCUUUCGUCAUUGA